GAAGCUCACAGGGGUGUAUGUGCCUGUGUGGCUGCCUCGCAGGCGCUGCGUGCGGGAGGGAGCUCCUGAGGGCGCGGGAGGGGCAGGCUCAGCCCUGCCAUGCCUGCCGCCAACUGUAGGGGAGGAGAGGUGGCAGGAGAGGCACCGGCAGCCCGGGCAGCUUGGUGACGAGGCCGGCUAGCCGAGCGGAGGCGGCCGUGCUGCCCGCUGCCCGUGAUGGGGGGACAGAUCACCCGGAGCACCCUCCACGACUCCAUCGGGGGUCCCUUCCCAGUCACUUCUCACCGAUGCCACCACAAGCAGAAGCACUGCCCGCCAGUGCUGCCCGGCGGGGUGCUCCUGGCCACACCGCUGCUCUUCCACCCGCACACCAAGGGCUCCCAGAUCCUCAUGGACCUCAGCCACAAGGCCGUCAAGAGGCAGGCCAGCUUCUGCAACGCCAUCACCUUCAGUAACCGCCCGGUCCUCAUCUACGAGCAAGUCAGGCUGAAGAUCACCAAGAAGCAGUGCUGCUGGAGCGGGGCGCUGCGCCUGGGCUUCACGAGCAAGGACCCCUCCCGCAUCCACCCCGACUCGCUGCCCAAGUACGCCUGCCCCGACCUGGUCUCCCAGAGCGGCUUCUGGGCCAAGGCGCUGCCCGAGGAGUUCGCCAACGAGGGCAACAUCAUCGCCUUCUGGGUGGACAAGAAGGGCCGCGUGUUUUACCGCAUCAACGACUCGGCGGCCAUGCUCUUCCUCAACGGGGUCCGCACGGCAGACCCGCUCUGGGCACUGGUGGACGUGUACGGCCUCACGCGGGGCGUCCAGCUGCUUGACAGCGAGCUGGUGCUGCCGGACUGCCUGCGGCCGCGCUCCUUCACCGCCCUGCGGAGGCCGUCGCUGCGGCGCGAGGCGGACGACGCGCGCCUGUCGGUGAGCCUGUGCGACCUCAACGUGCCGGCGGGGGAAGGCGAGGAGGCGGCGCAGGCCGCGGGCGGCCCGGUCCCGCAGAACUCGCUCAACUCGCAGCACAGCCGCGCGCUGCCCCCGCAGCUGGACGGCGACCUGCGCUUCCACCCGCUGCGCGCCGGCGCGCACGUCCGCAUCCUGGACGAGCAGACGGUGGCGCGCCUGGAGCACGGGCGCGACGAGCGCGCGCUCGUCUUCACCAGCCGCCCGGUGCGCGCGGCCGAGACCGUCUUCGUCAAGGUCACGCGCUCCGGCGGCGGCGGCGGCGGCGGCGCGCGGCCCGGCGCGCUCUCCUUCGGCGUCACCACGUGCGACCCCGGCACGCUGCGGCCCGCCGACCUGCCCUGCAGCACCGAGGCGCUGGUGGACCGCAAGGAGUUCUGGGCCGUGUGCCGCGUGCCGGGGCCCCUGCAGAGCGGCGACAUCCUGGGCCUGGUGGUCAGCGCCGACGGCGAGCUGCACUUGAGCCACAACGGCGCCGCCGCGGGCAUGCCGCUGUGCGUGGACGCCUCGCAGCCGCUGUGGAUGCUCUUCGGCCUGCACGGAGCCAUCACGCAGAUCCGCCUCCUCGGCUCCACCAUCCUGGCAGAGCGGGGCAUCCCAUCUCUUCCCUGCUCCCCCGCCUCCACACCGACCUCGCCCAGCGCCCUGGGCAGCCGCCUCUCUGACCCCCUGCUCAGCACCUGCAGCUCGGGACCUCUGGGGAGCUCUGCUGGCGGGACGGCCCCCAACUCGCCGGUGAGCCUGCCCGAGUCGCCGGUGACCCCCGGCGCGGGCCAGUGGAGCGACGAGUGCACCAUUUGCUACGAGCACGCGGUGGACACGGUCAUCUACACGUGUGGCCACAUGUGCCUCUGCUACGCCUGCGGCCUGCGCCUCAAGAAGGCCCUGCACGCCUGCUGCCCCAUCUGCCGCCGCCCCAUCAAGGACAUCAUCAAGACCUACCGGAGCUCCUAGCCCGGCCGCCCGCCCCGCGGCCGCCGCCUCGGACUGCAGCCCGGCACCAGCGGAGGGGCAAGCCACGGGCCCUUCUCUUCCUCCUCGUUUUGGAAACUCCGUUUCCCUUCUCCAUUAAACUCGGGGAAACUGAGGUCCCUGAAAGCUUGGGGGGGAGAGGGGUAUCGUACAGGUUUGGGGGCAGAAGCAGAUCGCCCAGCAGAGGGGAAGGGAGGGGAGGAGUCUGCACUUUGUCUGCCUUUCCCUUCUCCGUGCUCAGCUCUUCCCCUCACGCCGCCGAGGGCCUAAAUUGGGGCGUCGGCCUGUCCUAACCCUUCCCCAUCUGGGACCGACUUCUAGCCCACGGGGCAUCUUUGUGAGGAUUGGAAGGCGUGUCCCUUCCUCCCUGCAGGUGUGGCCCCGGGCCAGGCCGUGGGGCUCGGCUGGUGGAGCGUGGACCGGACGUCAGUUUGCUCCCUCCGCCAGCGGCCCUUGAGCCGUGCCCGGCCUGCUCGGCGGCAGCCCUGAGCAGGUGGCCCCCGAGCUGCUUGCUGCCUUACUCUGCCCUGCUCUCACCUUCUCCGUCUCCUCCCUGCCCCUCGGGCCUGGACGCCGGGGGAAGGCAGGCCGCCGGGGGCUCCAGGUCCUAAGGGUCUGGCCCCGGGCCCUGGCAGAGAAGCAGAGGGCCGUUCCCCAGCCACAGCCUUUCUGCCCCGAUCAUCUCGCCCCUUGGCCGGCUGGAGAGCAGGGCCUGUCUUCUGUCAGGGUCCGUGAGACCAGGUCUGCCAUCUCCUCUCUGUGACUCCUCCCUCCCUGCCGUCCUGGGCCUGGCGGGCGCUCAGACGUGGAGUGUCCCCGGGCGAGGUCGGGGCCCCAGGGUGGGGGCAGGGAGGUUUCCCGGAGUAAGACCACCUCUUUUCUUUGUUGUAAUUUAUUUAUUUAUUUGGUUUGUGGGUUUUUUUUUUUGUUUUUUUUUUUUGCGGGGGCAGGGAGUGAGUUCCCGCCCUUCAGGCCCUUAGAAACGCUGCCCUGGUGUGUGUGGAUUGAGAGGGGCAGCGUUUCCCAGACUCCGGCUGAAAGUCCAUAGUCGGCUCUGCUUACAUGAAUUGGAACUCCUUCAACAGGGGCUGCAUUGGAGGCCUCCCGGUGGAUUGUGCCCAUUUUCAGAGGCAAAUUGAGCCUCCCUAAUUCUCUGGACUGGUGGGUCACUCGGAGCCUCAAAGUGCCCCUCCUCCUUGGGCUGGAGCAGGGUGGCACAGUCAGCUCACAUCGGCAGGAGGCCUAAGCUGCCCCCUCCACAGGACACACACAGUUCUGGGAAGGCUGAAGGAGAGGAGCACCGCUGGGGCCAGGGAACAGGGCUGGGGAGCCUGGUGAGAGGCAGGGAGUCUGUUCUUAGAGGAGGCACUCCAUCCCCAGGAAAGAUGAGAGGGGUAGGGACAGGGUCCCAGCGCCUCCGGGUUCUUAUUCCUGGUUCUGGGGUGAGGGAGUGCCCCCCACGUGCUCUUAGGCUACGGUCACCGCUGCCCUGCUCGCCCUGUGCUGACAGGCCAUGGGCUGGGGCCAGCUUUCAAGAGUUUCAGCCUGGUCUCCCCCCAGCCUCCCAGCCCUCUGCCCCCUCAGAUGGCUUUUUACAUCCCCGUGGCCAGGCUCGAGCCCUCUGCACCUCAGCUGCCGCCUCUGUAAAGUGAUCGUUUGGGGAGGAGAAAGGCUUUAUGUGACUUAGUUCUUUGGUGAGGGGCUGUGUGGGAUGGGGUGGGGUCCGUCCCAGCCUUGCAGUGAGUCUUUGAGAAGUCCUAGUUCUGCUACGGGUCUCCCCAGUCUCUGACCCCUGGUGACCCCUUCGGUGGGGGUGGGGACCCUAUCCGGUCAAAGGAUCCAUUUCAGAGGUAAGUACAGGGGCUGCCUGACCUGAAGUUUGGGGAGAGGAAGCCACCCACCCAUCCAUCGUCUGUUAGUGUGGGGUAGUUAUUGCCUCCUUUGUGAACUUGGGUCGCUGUGAUUGUGAAUAAAGGUGAUUUGUACCAGC